AUGGGUGAUUUAAAGAGACAAGAACUUACUCAAAAUGAAAAACUCUUCUUUGGAGGCUCUACGUUUGGUCCCUCUGGUGGCGAGAGUUUGCUGGUCAACAACUUUAACGUACCUCAAGCUGCUUAUAAGACGCAACUCUCACUGAGGCAGUACAAAUGGAGACUACCAUCGAAAGGCCACAUUUAUCUAGCACUGGCAUCGGAAUUCAUCUUAUUCUUGACACCUAACCGAUACCCUAGUAACUGA